UCGCGUCGCAUGGUCGAGUAUCCGAGCGUUCGAUUUCCGUUGAGAAACGCGGUGACACGGCCAAAUCCCGACUGCAGCAAGCGAGCAGGAAUUUAGUUUGGUAUUAAACUCGUUGCGUCGAUAAAGUGCUGGUGAUUGAUCGAUGAUGCAUUCCUUUCGCUGUCGUACAUUCAAGGAAUAAGUUGCCAUUUGGAAAAUCUUGAACGUUGCUGGCUCUCUUCGUACCGUUCGAACACAGUUAACGGUGGUAAUAAAUUGCGAAGAAUAUAUUCUCAGCCGACGAAACCGAGGCUUCAACCGUCUCUGCAACUUCUUAUAGUAUAAAAUCGAAUAUGGAUUAUGGGGAUGAGUGCAAGUUGAAGUGUUGAUACCGGAUAGUGGUUUAUGAUUUGUGAUGCGGUUCUCCGUGCUUCUACACCUUUCGUUCAGUUGGAUAAGAGUCGUCGAUGUAACGGAGUGCCGGAAGUGACUGGGGUGCGAGACGUUUGGCCGAUCGUUGAACGAUGGUUAAUGGUGGCAGCGGUGGGAUGAUAUGAAGCUGGUCCAGCGCUAGUCUCGCCCUGAGCCUUGGAUAGUGUUACUCACUUCGCUUAACCGUAACGAGUUCGCGAACUGCGUUCAAGGUCUCGCAAAUAUGAGAGUCCCCCUCGUUUUACUCGGCGGUAUUGUCGUCCUGUCAGUUGCGGUCGCGAGAGCCUUAUCCUGCGUCUGUUCGCCGUUGGAAUGCGACUCGCUAACGGAAGAGGAUUGCCCAGGGGGCCUCACCUGGGACCCUUGCAAAUGCUGCAGAGUCUGUGCUCGCGUCGAGGGUGAACCAUGCGGAGGUCUCUUUGGCUUCUCUGGAAGCUGCUCCGAGGGGCUCCAGUGCGUGAUCACGACACUUCUGGAUCACGCGCGAGAAGUCGAUGAAGGCACCUGUACCAAAAUUCCGGGUCGUUGGCGGCGGCAUUGUCCUCACGGUCCAGAAAUGUCAAGACCGGGGUGUAAUCUCGUCGGUGAAGGGCUGACCCGAAGAGAAAACAGCGGGACUCACAACGCAGGUGGAAGCGACGUGGGUAGCGGGAAGUGCAUCUGCGGUCCAUCCGUUCCCUGGUGUCCAGGUGAACCGGAACCUUAUACCUACAGGACGAAGCACGAGUGCAAACUCAAUUUAGCUGCAAAACUCGCCAACGAUAAUCUCUUCAACUCUGCACAAGCGGCAGAAGUCCAGGUGACGACAUCAACUGACCCAUCAACGCCGACCAUAGGCGGCGCUAGUAAGGGUGUGAGCUUUUCCACUUGGGCUACUGAUGGCGCUGACAAGCGUCUACGUAUAAAGAAUUGCGCAGGCAUUGACAGUUCGCAUGUAAGGGAGAAUGAACCAUUCGGAUUAUUCUCUCAUUCCAAAAUGCUCCAAGGGGCUAUAUUUUUUAUGGUACCGCACGUUUUCCCGGUGGAAAGUAGAAAAGAUAUGGCGUCUCUGCGGAAGUUUAGAGCGAGGAAUGUUUCUCCAUUGCGAAAGUGUCGCGGGGACUUCAUAUCAAGAUUCGCUGCCCCCCGCAAAAUAUACCUCAAGAAUAGAGAAGGGGGAGGAGGACUAGAAAGCGAGGAGAUAAAGUGCUCCAUUUGUUGUACAAUAUCUUCGGCUUUCCGCGUUGAGAAUGUCGUCCUCUUUCCUGGUUACCACAAAAAUCCCUUCGCAAAUCAUCGUUCUGGUCAAUCGUCUCAUCUGCGAAAGAAAAAAUCGCUGGCGAGAGAUUAA